AUGGAUCAUUCAUCCAUUCACCGACUGAAUGAUGACGAUCUGUUGCAGGAACAACAGCAUCUAGCUCAAGUGGUUGCUACAUAUAAUGCAUACCGACGCUCAUCCAUUCUCGUUCUUGAACACAAGAUAGCUGCCAUUCCACAAAAACCCCUUUACGACCAAGUUCGAGCCAGACUUCAUUCCCAUAUACAUUGCAUCAACCAUAAUGCCCAUCUAUUAAAUUUGAUUACUAGCGAGCACCAAAAUGAGUUUCUGCAGUCAUUAUUGCCUGAUAAUGGUCAAAAGGAUGAGACUGACCAACAUAACAAACAGUCGAACAAACAGUCGAACAAACAGUUGGACAAACAGUCGAACGAUCAUUCGCAAAAAUAUACGCAGCUUCAGUUAAAGGUUUCAGAUGAUUAUCAUAUUACUGAGGGUGAUCUAAGCAAAGUCCAAUCAACAAUCAGACAGUUUGUACGAGAUUGGUCUGAAGAGGGACGAGUCGAACGGACAAAUGUCUAUGGUCCCAUUCUAGACUUUAUGAAUUUAUAUUAUGCUCAUGUUCCGCUGCAAGAGAGGUAUGCCAUACUACGAUGCAUAUCUGUAGUCCAAGUCUCGCUAACAAGUAUAAACCUGGUUAGAGGGGAAAUUCAUGUUUUGAUACCUGGAUCUGGCUUAGGCAGGCUGGUAUUUGAAACUGUUGCCAACGGAUUCUCUUGUCAAGGAAACGAAUUCUCCAUGUAUAUGGUAUACACAUGCAUAAGCUUUACUGAUUUGAUUGACAGUCGUAUUCAUGUAAAAUGGAGCAUUAUCUUGCAGUGA